AAAAGAUAGCCCAGUAAAUGAACAGACACACACAGCAAACCAUACAGCAGAAACAACGUUAGGAUUGGUCAUUCAUGGCUCUAAGCAUUUCAUCUUCUUCAUUGUCCAGCUUUCCCACCAAUACCAGGGAAAUACAUCAAAAAUCAGUGCUAAUUAGGACAAAUGGAGCAUGCCAAGUUGGAAAAACUAAAGUGAAACUGAAUGCAACUAAAGGAGGAGUUUCAAGUGUCUGUGAACCACUUCCUCCAGAUAGACCAUUGUGGUUCCCCGGUAGUUCACCUCCUGAAUGGCUCGACGGGAGUCUUCCUGGAGAUUUUGGUUUCGACCCACUUGGAUUAGGUUCUGAUCCAGAAUUGCUUAAAUGGUUUGCACAAGCUGAACUAGUGCACGGCAGGUGGGCAAUGCUUGCUGUGUCAGGGAUUCUGAUUCCUGAAUGGCUUGAAGGUUUAGGCAUCAUAGAAAAUUAUAGCUGGUUUAAUGCUGGUGAAAAGGAAUAUUUUACGGAUCCGAUAACCUUGUUUGUAGUGCAGUUAGUGUUGAUGGGUUGGGUAGAAGGAAGGAGAUGGGCAGAUAUGAUUAAGCCAGGGUGCGUCGACAUAGAGCCUACGUUACCCCACAAAACUAAACCAAAGCCAGAUGUUGGGUACCCGGGUGGAUUAUGGUUUGAUCCAUUGAUGUGGGGCAGAGGUUCUCCAGAGCCUGUAAUGGUUUUAAGGACUAAGGAGAUCAAGAAUGGGCGUCUUGCUAUGCUAGCAUUCGUCGGUUUCUGCUUCCAGGCAGUUUACACCGGUCAAGGCCCUGUUGAAAACUUAAUGGCUCACCUAGCUGAUCCCGGUCAUUGCAAUAUAUUCUCCGCUUUCGCAUCUUAUUAACGCUGAGGAAAUUCCACAAAUUCCAGGAUGGGGGUAGAUAUUGCUUGAUUUUCUUGGUUCCAUAUCAAUGUAUGUUCUUUUCUUUUAUCUGUCAUACUGUUUCAUUUUGAGCUGAUUAGAUGGCUGGCUAAGUCCAGUUAAUGAUUACCGUGUUCUGUUACUUUUUAUUAUACAACAAAUCUAUGGCAGAGAUAUAUUAGUCA